CAUAAGGAGCGCUGCCGCUGCCCCCCUCCUCUCCUCCGUUCGCCUCUGCCUCUUCCUCUCCCUCUCCCUCUCUGUCGAGAGUAGAGAGAGAGAGAGAGAUCAUCGUGAUCAUUUACAUCUUCUUAACAAUGGACGAGCGAGCGAGCGAUCGAUCGAUCGAUCCGGACGUGAUGGCGCGGGAGUUCGUAGAGCACUACUGCAUGACGUUCAACCGGAACCGGGCGGCGCUGGGGGAGCUGUACCAGGAAGGGUCGAUGCUAACGUUCGAGGGCGACAAGAUCCAGGGCGCGCAGGCCAUCGUCGCCAAGCUAGCCUCCCUCCCCUUCCAGCUCCACGACAUCUACAACGUCGACUGCUGCCAGGACUCUGACCCCCAGGGUGGCCCCCAGUGUGGCUUGCUCCUCUCGGUCUCCGGCGCCAUCCAGCUCGCCGGCGAAAACCACCAGAGCAAGAGCAUGUUCAGCCAGAUGUUCAUUUUGAUGCCGACACAUCAGGGGAGCUACCAGGUGCUGAACCACAUAUUCCGUCUGUUCCCUUUGACUGCUGCUUGAAGUGUCAGAGCGUCUUGAAGAUAGCUUUUCCUCUUUUGGAUUUGCUAUGAACUGAUGGUUUCUUUUUCUUUUUUUUUUUUUUCCUUUUGGUCCGAUUGAACAAGUAAUUGAAGCAGGAUGCUCAAACCUGUUCAAAGAUUGUUUUUGCAGUAUUGAAGUAUUCCCUUAUCCUCCCCAUGUUUUAGCAGUACUGAAGAUUUGCUUCUUUUAUCAGUAUUGAAGAUUGUUUUUUUUUUUUGUUUUUGA